UGAAAGGACUGGAGACAGUCUCAGUGAAAAGCAGAUAAACUGCGGUCGUUUGUCUUUCCUCCCUUUCAGUCUGAGACCUUUUUACACAACCUAAACGGUCCAAGAACCUUCGUGCAGUGAUGGGCACCACGACCAAGCCUGGGUGGCAGUGUGUCAAGCAGCAAUUGUUUUUAUUUUUAUUUUAUUCGCUUCAGUGCUUAACCUCAGGCACCAUACGAUAUUCUGUCCCGGAGGAGCUGGAUCGUGGAUCUUUAGUUGGAAAUGUUGCAAAUGAUUUGGGGAUACCUCUCAAGGAUGUGGCAGCCCGGCGGUUGAGAAUUACCUCAACAACAAAGACUCGGUUUUUAAAUAUUAAUUUACAGACCGGAGAUUUGUACCUUACAGAGAGAAUAGACAGGGAGGAACUGUGUGACAAAACGCCUUCGUGUAUCCUGACAUUUGAGGCUGUUGUUGAAAAUCCGUUUCGAGUAUUUGCUGGAGAAGUUGAAAUUCAGGAUAUUAAUGACAACCCCCCGGUGUUUGUACCCGACGAGAUAAUAUUAAGUAUCAGUGAGCUGACAUCUCCAGGUGCUCGCUUUAGGCUGGGCCAGGCGGAGGACCGUGAUAUUGGUGCAAACUCACUUCUUGACUAUCAGCUUAACCCUUCUGACUACUUCUACUUGAACGUGGUGGACAGGGAAAGAGGCAAAGAUGUGGAGCUCGUCCUGAAUAAUACUUUGGAUCACGAAACACACAGCAAUCAUGUUCUUAUCCUUACAGCAAAAGACAAUGGGAUCCCUAGGAGGUCUGGUACCGCACAGAUACACAUCAGCGUUGUGGACGUGAAUGACAACACACCUGAAUUCAGUCAAGCAGUUUAUAGGACCAGCCUAAGAGAAGGGUCACCAAAAGAUACCUUAAUAGCUAAAGUAAGUGCAACAGAUAGGGAUAGAGGACCAAAUGGAGAAGUACGAUACAGUUUCAAAAAACGAACUGAAACAGCACGUUCGUUGUUUAAACUGGACCCAGUUAGUGGAGAAAUAAUCCUGGAGGGGACUUUAGACUAUGAAGAAGUGAAACGGUAUGAACUAACAGUAGAGGCUAAAGAUGGAGGUGGACUGACUGCUGACACCGAUGUACUUGUUGAAAUCCUUGAUGAUAAUGAUAACGCACCUCAGAUAACCAUUUCAACCGUCUCCAAUGAAAUGUCGGAAGACGCCGUUGCCGGCUCUGUUAUUGCAUUUAUAAAUAUUGUUGACUUGGAUUCCAGUAACAAUGGAGAAACUAACUGCUACCUGCAAGAACAUGUUCCAUUUAAGCUGCAACCUUUAUACAGGAACUACUACACACUAGAGUUAAAUGGAUCCCUCGACAGAGAAAAGGUUCCCGAAUACAAUCUUACAAUCACCGCUAUUGAUAAGGGCUCACCACCUCUUUCAGCCAUAAAGACCCUCUACCUUAAGAUUGUCGAUAUAAAUGACAACCCUCCUCAGUUUUCUAAAGCCACAUACAAUGUGUAUGUCAGGGAGAACAAUCCUCCGGGAUAUGUAAUCCACACAGUAGAGGCAAAAGAUCCUGACUGGAACCAAAAUGCUCAGGUAACUUAUUCCAUUGUUCCUGGUUAUGCUGGGGACUCUCUGAUCUCAACCUACGUCUCCAUUAACCCAGAUAACGGUAACGUUUAUGCUUUGCGCUCUUUUGAUUAUGAGGCGUUUAGGGAGUUUUCUAUGGUUGUUAAAGCGGUGGAUGGUGGUUCCCCACCAUUAUCAACAAACGCUACUGUGAAUAUUUUCAUUCAAGACGAGAAUGACAAUUAUCCUAAAAUCCUGUACCCAAUGUCAAGUGAUGAAGCUCAUUUAGGAAUCGAGAUAGUACCACUUCUAGCGGAUGCAAACUAUCUGGUUACUAAAGUGGUAGCAGUGGAUGCUGAUUCUGGACAGAAUGCUUGGCUUUCUUAUCAAUUGUUAAAGGCUACAGAUCCUACUCUUUUUAAAGUAGGAUAUCACACUGGCGAAAUUAGGACAUCCCGCCCUGUUCUAGUAAAAGAACCGGUUAAACAAAUAAUUAAUAUAGUUGUAAAAGACAAUGGACUGCCAUCUCAUUCCUCCACUGCCACCGUCACCAUAUUUGUCGCAGAAUCAGACAACUUCCCAAGCCCGCUUUUGGAUGACACCAAACCGUCAGAAAACAGAGAGCAUGCCUCUAAUCUGACUCUGUAUUUAAUGAUUUCUGUUGCUUCUGUGUCAGCUUUGUUUCUUUGUUUCAUUAUAAUUAUUUUUAUCAUCAAGUUUCAAAGAUGGAGGCAGUCAUCAUUACUUAAACCAGCGUUUAUCGAUUACAGUUUUGGACAGCCUUCAGACUAUGGUGAAACAGAACCCAUUGGACAUAGUCAGCCCCCUUGCAUGCAGAAGGUUUACCUAACAUCCACUUCUAGAAGGAAUGAGUUUCAGUUUGUGAGACCUUAUGGACAUGACGCAAUGAGAGGUAAUGCAAUUACUGUCAAUGACAUCUCAGAAAGGUCCUGAAGACAGAUUUAAUGCAGAAAGCAAUGCUAUCUCCCAGGUGAGAUCCUUCACAAAAUGAUUCCUUGUUUUAACAUUGAUUAGAAUUAUUUUUGUUAACUCUAAAGCAAUGCAUCUAUGUUUGUAAUCCCUCUGUCGGGUAUUUGUUUUACUGAAGCUCCAAAUAUCCAUACCUGGUAACAUGAAUUAUGGGUACUCAUGGUAUUAGAAACUAUGUAAGUAAUACAGUACAAUGUACAGUACAAAUUGUUUCUAUAAAAUAUGUUCAGAAUUUCACUGACAAAUAAAUAUAAUGUAAUUUGUA